AUGGCACGUUUCCCUCAAGAUUUCCUAGACUGGAGGGGGGUCCACAUCAACCACGCCCUCACCUCUCAUCCCUGGUUUCUACACUUCCCGGAAUCAUCAUGCAAGUGGACAACUACCACCUAUUAUAGAGGACAAUGGCCAUGCCAUGCCAUUGGCCAUGUUGGCCCAAAAGCUCAUUCCAGGGAGUGUCAGGGCAACAAAAGCUCAACAAACGAAUGUUGCAGGCCCAAGUCCGUCAAAGAGGCCGCAAAGUUGAAGAAGGACACCGACACGCCCCUCAUCGAUGGCUCGGUCAUCGUUUUGCCGCUCCGGUCCAAGGUGAAGAGCCCCGACUCACAGGCACGUGUGACCUUGAGAGUCGUGGAGACGACAGAGCCCGAGAAGCCCAAAGAGGUGGUCAAAGAGUCCAAGAAGAAGGGUGAGAAGAAUGUGGCACCCGAGGAGAAGACCAAAGAAGUGAAAAAGCCCAAGGAGAAGGCUAAGGACACAAAGAAAGAUAAGAAGGAGAAAGAGAAGGAGAAAGAAAAGGAGAAGGAGAAGGAAAAGGAGAAGGAAAAAGAGAAGGAAAAAGAGAAGGAAAAGGAGAAGGAGAAGGAGAGAGCAAAGGAGAAGGAGAAAGAAAAAGACAAAGCAAAGGAGAAGGACUCUUCCCGAGAUUUUUGUGGUGAAUCUCCAUACACCGCCGCAGCGUACCGACGCAUCGUCCCCGCCAUGGCCACAGCCUUUGUUGCCCCGAUCGUGGGGACCACGAAUCCUGUGAGCGCGCUGGCACCUUCUACAGUGACCACUGCGAACCACCCCGCAGGUCAAUCUGCGGGCCUUUCGGCCCUCUCUGCCGCAGCGCUUGGCAGCUGCGGCGCACUGGCCGCGCGCGCCGUGGGACGCCGCCGCACUCGGGCGCCACGGGCGAAGGUGCAGCGAUGGGCAUCGACCUUGGACCAGUUGAAGCAGACCACGGGCAAGGAACCAACCCGCUGUGCCUGUCCAGAUCCUGUGCGGUUCGGAUUGAAGAUCCACAUGGAGAAGUACCGCAACAUUGGCAUCAUGGCCCACAUCGAUGCCGGAAAGACCACGACCACCGAGCGGAUCUUGUGGUACUACACCGGCCGUGAGAAGAAGAUCGGCGAGGUGCAUGAGGGCCAGGCCACCAUGGAUUGGAUGGAGCAAGAGCAGGAGCGCGGCAUCACGAUCACCAGUGCUGCGACGACGGCCUUUUGGGAGGGCCAUCGCAUCAACAUCGUGGACACUCCGGGCCACGUGGACUUCACCCUGGAGGUCGAGCGUUCCCUGCGCGUCCUCGACGGCGCCGUGGCCGUCUUCGACGGCGUGGCUGGCGUCGAGCCGCAGAGCGAAACCGUGUGGCGCCAGGCGGACAAGUACAAAGUGCCUCGCAUGUGCUUCGUGAACAAGAUGGAUCGUGAUGGAGCAGACUUCUUCAAGGACGUGCAGAUGAUGGUCGACCAGCUGGGCACGAACCCGGUGCCCAUCCAGCUGCCGAUCGGCAAGGCUUCUUCCUUUAAGGGUGUCUACGAUCUGGUGGAGAUGAAGUCCAUCAUUUGGACCGGCGAAGAGUUGGGAGCGAACUUCGAAGUGAAAGAAGAGAUCCCCGAAGGUAUGGAGGACCUGGUCAAUGAGUAUCGGGAGAACUUGGUGGAGAAAGCGGUCGAGCAGGACGAGGAAGUGCUCGAAGCGUACCUGGAGACGGGGGAUGUUCCAGAUGUGGCCACAUUGAAAAAGUGCAUCCGCAAAGGUACUUUGAACUUCAGCUUUGUGCCAGUGCUGUGCGGCACCGCCUUCAAGAACAAGGGCGUCCAGCCUUUGUUGGAUGCUGUUUGCGACUACUUGCCAUCUCCCUUGGACCUGCCGCCCACCCAGGGCAAGAACCCCAAGAACGAAGAGGAAAUCAUCGAGCGUCAGGCCUCGCCAGAUGAGAAGCUUUCAGGUUUGGCCUUCAAGGUGGCGGCAGACCCCUACAUCGGCACACUGACCUUCUACCGGCUCUACUCCGGCAAGGUGAAGGCAGGUGAAAUGGUUUGGAACCCCAGGAGCAAGACCAAGGAGCGUUUGGGCCGAAUGGUCUUGAUGCACUCCAACAAGCGCGAGGAGAUCAAGGAGGCUCAGGCGGGUGACAUCAUUGCCAUCGUUGGCCUGAAGGACACCACCACCGGUGACACCUUGUGCUCCGUUGACGAGCCCGUGGUGCUGGAGAAGAUGGACUUCCCUGAGCCGGUCAUCAAGGUCUCUUGCGAACCCACCAGUCAGAAGGACGCUGACAAGUUGGGUGAGGCUCUUAACAAGUUGGCGGCCGAGGACCCCUCCUUCCGCUACAGCCGCGACGAAGAGUCCAACCAGACGGUCAUCGAGGGCAUGGGUGAGCUGCAUUUGGAGAUCAUCAUCGAUCGCCUGAAGCGCGAGUUCAAAGUCGAGGCCGAGGUCGGCAAGCCGCAGGUGGCCUAUCGUGAGACCAUCACUGAGCCGAUUGAGAUGUGGUACACCCACAAGAAGCAGUCAGGCGGCUCCGGGCAGUACGCCAAGCUGUGCAUGGUCUACACGCCGAACCCCGGAGAGGGCUUCGAGUUCGCCAACGAGGUCAUUGGUGGAUCCGUCCCCAAGGAGUACGUGCCUGGUGUGGUGAAAGGGACCGAGGGCUCCCUGAUGAAUGGCAUUCGCAUGGGCUUCCCCGUGGUGGAUGUGAAAGCCACGUUGAAGGACGGCGGGUUCCACCCCGUGGACUCCUCCUCCAUUGCCUUCGAGAUCGCUGCCCGGGCGUGCUUCAAGGAGGGUGCCAGCCAGGCCAAACCCAUCGUCAUGGAGCCCAUCAUGAAGGUUGAGGUCAUCACCCCUGAGGAGUACAUGGGCAACAUCAUCGGUGACCUGAACAGCAGACGCGGCAUCGUGAAUGAGCUGGGCACCCGCAGCAACCUCCACGUGGUGAAUGCCAGCGUCCCCCUGGCGGAGAUGUUCAGCUACAUCGCCGAGCUGCGCAACAUCUCCAAGGGCCGCGCCAACUACAGCAUGGAGUUCCAGAAGUACGAAGCGGUGCCUGAUAAUGAGAAGGAUAAGAAGGUAAGCAAGAAGGAAGAGAAGAAGAAGGAGGAGGAGAAGCAUAAGAAGAAGCCGGUCUCGAAGAAGCCGGUCUCCGAUUCCGAGGAGGAGAAGCCAAAGAAGAAGCCCGAGAAGAAGCCGGUGGCGACCGAUUCCGAGGAUGAAAAGCCAAAGAAGAAGCCUGCAAAGGAAGACUCAGACUCAGAGGAUGAGAAGCCCAAGAAGCCCAAGGAAGAUUCUGACUCCGAGGCUGAACCAGAGGUGUUCGAAGCCUCGGGGGUGUGGGGAAAAAUGAGUCAGGACUCCGACCACGGAUCGAACAGCGGCUUCCUGUGCACCCGGAAUGGGUCUAUGACUUGGAGACCUUUCUUCGAUCGAACAACAAAUUCCGGUAUAGUAAUUUGUGGGAUGGCUCAGGGACAAGUCAUGCCUGCCAGAGAGAGAGAGAGAGAGGGUAAGACUCUGAGAUUCAAGUUAUUUUGGAUAUCGCUUUUCCAAAAUGACUUGAAUCCAGGGAGCGAUACUAUUUUGGAUAUGUCCUUUGGGAGACUAUUCUCCGUACAAAAUGACAAUUCUGCAAGUUAG